UGGGUCUUUUUCUUUGGCUAGGGGAUGCUGGAUUCAACGUCCUGAAACCACGACAAACAGCUUCUAUAUCAACCCCCAACCCCGGCCAGUUCCUUUACCUUCAGACUUAACAUCCAUCAAGCUCGAUUUCGAAAACACAAACCGCUUCAGUACACAAAACCAAGCUAGCAAAUAUGAGUAGUGACCGAAAACCCUUGCACAUUGCCAUGUAUCCCUGGUUUGCUAUGGGGCAUUUGUUCCCAUUUCUCCACAUCUCUAACAAACUAGCCGAGAGAGGCCAUAGAAUCUCCUUCUUCCUACCCCAAAAAACACAAGCCAAGUUGGAGCAUUACAAUCUCCACCCUGAUCUCAUCACCUUCUUCCCCCUCACCAUCCCUCACGUCGAGGGCCUUCCCGAGGGGGCGGAGACCACUGCCGACGUUCCUUUUCCUCUCCACACCCACGUCGUCACCGCCAUGGACCUCACUCGCCCCCAAAUUGAGAAAUUUCUCCGAGAACUCAAACCGAAUUUGGUCUUCUACGAUUUCACUCAUUGGUUGCCUCAACUGUUGCGUGAGCUGGACGGCAACAUGAAGUCAGUCCACUACUGCACUAUGAGCCCCGUGACAAUGGGGUACCUUCUAAGCCCGGAGAGGAAGCUAACCGAAAAACCGUUGGUUGCAACUGAUCUUCUAGAGGCUCCUACGUCAUUUCCUUCUUCAUCCAUCAAGUUGCGGACACAUGAAGCUCGAGGACUAACCUAUGUGACAAACCUGGAAUACGGGCGUGGGAUAACAUUUCUUCAACGCCAACUGACCUCUUUGGCCGAAUGUGAUGCCCUUGGUUUCAAGACAUGUAAAGAAUUCGAAGGGAAGUUUUGUGAUUACUUAGAAGUGCAGAUGAAGAAGCCACUGAUUCUCGCGGGGCCGGUGGUACCGCCCCCUCCGAGCUCGGCCUUGGAAGAGAAAUGGGAAGAGUGGCUUGGAGGGUUUGAGCCAAGAAGUGUGAUUUUUUGUGCUUUCGGAAGUGAAUGCGUGCUGAAGAAGGAACAGUUGCAAGAACUGGUGUUGGGAUUCGAGCUCACGGGUCUUCCGUUCUUUGCAGCGCUGAAAACCCCUGUGGGAUUCGAGUCCAUCGAAGCUGCAUUGCCUGAAGGGUUCGAAGAGAGGGUGAAAGGGAGAGGUGUUGUUUACAGUGGCUGGGUGCAACAGCCGUUGAUACUGAAGCACCCCUCUGUGGGCUGCUUUGUGACUCACUGUGGUUCGGGGUCUCUAGCCGAGGCGAUGAUGAACCAUUGCCGGUUGGUGCUUCUGCCGCACGUCGGAGACCAGAUCAUCAAUGCGAGGAUGAUGGGAGGUGAUGAUCUGAGAGUGGGAGUUGAAGUCGAGAAGGGAGACGAAGAUGGCUUGUUUAGCAAGGAAGGUGUUUGCAAAGCUGUGGAGGCUGUGAUGGAUGAUGAGAGUGAGGUAGGGAAAGAAGUGAAGGCUAACCAUGCUCAGUGGAGGGAGUUCUUCUCCAACAAAGGGCUUGAGAAAACGUACAUUGAUGGUUUUGAUCAGAGGCUGCAUCAACUGCUGGAAUGUUAAAUGGCUCAAAAACCUAACCAACUGGUGUAUUUGUUUCUGUUGAAAUUGCAAAUCAAAUCAAUUAUGCCACUGUUGGAUUGGACCGGUGGCCAUCUAGCUAGAUGGCAAUCACGUUUUUCUUCUUUUACCUUUUAGCUAUUGCAGGCUAUACAGGCAAUUUAGUUUGAAUAAGUUUUACCGCGUAUUUAUUGCUUUCUCAUAUGGAUGGUGUAGUAAGUCGAUGUGUAUCAUAGACAAUGCAUUAAAAGCUCUAUCUGCUAUGUCUUGUAGAAGUCCCUAAAUAAGGGAAGAGCAAGUACGUUGUGUAAUCAUCCAAUUAACUCAUUGAAUAGUUCAUCAAUAAGAAGCAGUAGCUUGUCUUC